AUGCACUUCAAAACGAGAUUCUUUGAAGUAAGCUUUCCAGAGUCUUUAGUGAGGCUUUCCAAUGUGCCUAGUGCUACAAAAUAUCUUUCAAUAGCUUACGUGGUGUUUACCAUUACCUUGUUUUAUGUGAGGAAAUCAUGCCAAUGGCAACUUCCCGCAGACGGAAAUUCCGGUUCAAAUUUUAAGCUGAUCGCAUCUCCUAUAUUGCAAUUAAUUCCAGCUGAGACUUUACGGAACCCAUGGUCUCUUGUUUUAUCCAAUCUCGUCGAUACGGAGCUGUGGAAGUUUUUGGCAAACUUGACCAAUCUCGUCAUUGGAGGAUCUUUCAUAGAGCGCAAUUGGAACAGUUCUACAGAGAUUUUGCGCUUUGUGCUAGUAAUAGGAUCUCUUACUAACCUUGCUGUUGUGCUUGUGACAAUUGUGUCCUCCGCAUUGUUCCCCGGUGUGAGGCUCGACCUACCUCUCGACGGCAACUACACUAUAAUCGUAGGGUUUCCCGUGGUAUACAAGCAACUCAUGCCAGAAACAACCAUUUUUAAAAUAACCAAUGUUCCUUUGCUUUCUAAAAACUUUAGGUUCAAACUUUUACCUAUUUUCGUGCUUGUUGUUUUAACCACUGUCCAGUUAAUAUGGUUCCAUCAUUUUUCUCAACUUCUCUCUAUUUGGAUUACAUUUAUGAGUUGCUGGGUGUACCUCAGAUUUUAUCAAAUUUUACCAUCCUCUAUUGCUGGCGAUCACGGAAGAGACAUUAUUGGUGAUGCGUCCGAUACGUUUCAAUUGAUCUACUUCUUCCCCGGAUUAUUGAGGCCAAUACUGAGACCUUUCUUUAAUAUAUGCUAUAAUAUUUGGUGUAAUAACUUGAGGAUGAGAAAACCGUUUGAAUUGGAGGACAUCGAUGUUGGAAACACGCUAGCAGAACAAAGAGGAGCGAAAAAAGUCUCAAACAACGCCGAGGAAAGAAGAAGACAGCUCGCCCUUCAGCUUUUGGGAGAACGGUUCCAAGAAGGUCCUUGA